UUUUAGUACAGUAAAUAAAAAUGAGUCUGCUUGAUUUACUGGCAAUGAUAUGGUAUUUGAAACUUCAUUUUUUAAAAUACUAUCAUUACCGUAUCAAAUCAUUAUUGGGUUCUCAGACUCUUCUUGAACUCUAUUUGUUUUGGUAAUUUUACGAACAAACAAGAAAGUAGGUAGACAUAAUUUAACAACAAAGAAAAAUUUGAAGCUUUUUUGUAUUAAUUCUUUGGUUGAUGACAUAAAGAUUGGAGUUUUGAUUCAUGCGUCUGGCUUCUCUUGUUUUCAAUGUCUCUUCCUAAUGGUGAAAAAGGUAGUAUAAUUCUUUUCCAUGUUCCAAAUUAUCAUUUUUCUUAUCAUGUUAUCAUUACUUUUUUUUUAUCAUAUAAAAAUAAUAUAAUUUUUUGAUAAAGGGACUCGGAUAACGUACAUUCCCCAACUUUCAAUAUGACAUAGAAAAAGUAAAAAGAAAAAUGAUUUGACAUUGGGGGACAAAUAUAAGUUUGAAUAAAUUAGAAAUUUUGCCACUGUGCUUUAAAUUUUUCACUUUUUGGUUUCUAUCACUUUAUACUGUUACUAUACUUCAUUUGGUAUUAUUUUGCUAUAGUUACUGUUCCUCCUUUGUUAUUCUUUUUCAUGCCUUGUGUGAUUUUUUGUCUUGGUUUCUCCAUCUUUGCUAUUUUCUCAAGGGGAGGUCUAUCGGAAACAACCUCUCAAUCCAUAUCUCUCAAGGUCUGGGUACACAUUAAUCUUCCCAGAUCCCGCUUGUGCUACUACACUGAGUAUAUUGUUGUUGUUGAUGAUAUAUUAUUUCUUAGAGAAGUUUGUGGUUUUGUGUUUAUUACAGUGGGAUGUUGUACUCAAAGAAACAUAGAAGCAAGGGAAAGUAAGGAAAGAAAUAUUUGGCUGGAAAGCAGUAAAUUUAUUGAGGGGAGGCAGUAAUAUGGUUGAUCAUCAUCAUGUGAAUCCCCUUAUCCUUUUCAUUUUGUUAUCCCAUGAUUGUGACUUUCAUUUAAAUACGAAAAUUCAUGAGUGGUACUUGUAGUUUUUUAGUUCUAGCUAAUUUCCUUGACAAAUGAGCUUAACUCCUUAUUGGUGUUGCUCUUUGAAGGAUUGUGUGAGAGAUUGUAGAAUAUGAAGAAUGUUAAUUGAGUCAACAAAAUGGGGAGACCUCAGACUAGUCUGGAAGUACGCAAGAUAAUGGAUUGCCUACGCUCAUCUGAACAAAUCCCGAUGGAUGAACUGGUUCCAUCUCCUGAGUCCCCUGCAACUAAGGAUUACAUAUCAAGUGUCCAUUCAUCAAGAGCUGGAGAAGCUGGACAGAAGCCUGAUACUGGAAAUAUUGAAGGAGCUGAAUCAUCUUUGCGUGAGAGUGGUUGUCUGAAUUAUGAGGAAGCAAGAGCAUUACUAGGAAGAUACGAAUAUCAGAAGGGGAACCUAGAGGCCGCUCUUCUUGUUUUUGAAGGGAUAGAUAUUGCCUUGGUGACUCCUAAUUUGAAACUUGCCCUUGCCGAAAGAGUGAAAACUCAAAAGAGACGUUCACAGAGUUUUUCUAAACCAACACUGUCCAUACACGCUGUGAGUGUGCUCCUUGAAGCAGUCUUUCUCAAAGCGAAAUUUUUGCAGGCUCUUCAGAGGUACAAAGGAGUUUGGAGACCAUUGCAGAACAAUGGAGUUGGAAAGCUGGCUUGAUCUUGCUUCCAUUUAUAUUAAGGGGUCGUUUGGUGUAAGGUUUGCUUAACCAAUCGAAGGGCCUAUAUAAAGCAGCGCUGGAAGACUAUAGCAAUGCUUUGGCUGUUUAUCCAUCACAUGUGUCGAGUCUGGUAUCAAGUGCUGUGGUGCUUAGAAAGAUAGGUAAACAGUCUCCUGCAAUUAUUCGUAGCCUUCUAACGGAAGCACUACGACUUGACAGGAUGAAUGCUUCUGCAUGGUGUAAUCUCAGGCUGUUAUAAGAAGAGGAAGGUUUAGGUUCAGCAUUGGAAGAGGAGGAGGAGGAGAAAAAGGAAAGAGGAGGAGAGGAUUAAAAUAUAUAAAUCCAUCUAUGACCUCAAGACUGCGGUGAAGCUUCAUGUAUAUGCUGAUUCUUCCAUUUUGUCUUAAGGUUCAACUGAAAGUGCCGAUGGUUGUUCGUCUUGAGGGUACCAAUGUCGACCAAGGGAAAAGAAUUCUAAAGGUCAUUCUGAAAUUCAUCCUCUAGGCAGGAACUUAUUUUCUGCAAUUGACAGUUGCAAAUGUUUGUUUCCAUCGGAGAACUCAGUUUUAAGUGGUAAUUGCUUUCUGCCCUGGUUUAUCUGUGCUGGAAAGUGGUAUGACCUUGGUAAUUGCUGAAGAUCUAGAUGAUGGAGUAGAGAAAGCAGUUAAAGCAGCUGCUAGUUGAUUGAAAAUGACUCUUAUAAUUUUAUUUCUUAACCUUCCAUUGGCUCCCUUUUUGUAAGGAAAUAUCUGAAUGGUCAGAUUUCAAGGAUACAAGAAGAAAAUAGGGAUCAAGUUCAUCUUGUUAAGACUUGGAAUAAGCUUUAGUGUUAUUUAAUUUUGAC